ACAUAAUAACACUAGAAGAAACGUAGCAUUCUUCUUGCAGUUUUUUUUUUACUUUUUAUUUUUAGUCGGUCCACCAUGUCCGGACAAAACGCUCUAAAUAUGAAGCAACCACCGAUCCAGUCCACGGCUGGAGCGGUGCCGGUUCGAAAUGAAAAAGGUGAGAUUUCUAUGGAGAAGGUGAAGGUGAAACGAUAUGUGUCAGGGAAGCGUCCUGACUACGCCCCCAUGGAAUCUUCGGACGAGGAAGAGGAGGAAUUCCAGUUUGUGAAGAAGGGAAAGGAAGCUGAGCCAGAACUUGAGCAGGAGGAGGAAGAGGUGUCAGACCCUCGUCUGAGACGUCUGCUUAACCGCGUCUCUGAGGAUGUGGAGGAAAGACUGGCGCGUCAUAGACAGAUUGCUGAGCCAGAGCUGAUGGUGGAGAGCGAGGAGUCAGACGAAGGAACCUGGCACCCCGACCGCGAGGAGAGCAGCGAAGAUGAGGAAGAGGAGGAAGAAGAGGUUGACGACGAGGAAAUUGAGAGGCGCCGUGCGAUGAUGCGGCAGCGAGCGCAGGAGAGGAAGAACGAGGAAAUGGAGAUCAUGGAGGUGGAGGAGGAGGGGAAGUCCGGGGAGGAGUCGGAAUCAGAGUCUGAGUACGAGGAGUACACGGACAGCGAGGAUGAAACGGAGCCGCGGCUCAAGCCUGUGUUCAUCCGCAAGAAGGACAGAGUGACGGUGGCAGAGCGAGAGGCAGAGGAGCAGAAGCAGAAGGAGCUGGAGGCCGAGGCCAAGAAGCAGGCGGAGGAACGGCGACGCUACACCUUGAAGAUUGUGGAGGAAGAGGCGAAGAAGGAGUUUGAGGAGAACCGGCGCACGCUGGCUGGGCUGGAGGCCCUGGACACGGAUGGAGAGAACGAGGAGGAGGAGUACGAGGCCUGGAAGGUCCGAGAGCUGAAGCGCAUCAAGCGUGACCGCGAGGCUCGUGAAGCGAUGGAGAAAGAGAAGGCCGAGAUCGACAGGUUCCACAACCUUACAGAGGAGGAACGCAGGGCAGAGCUUCGCAACAAUGGCAAAGUCAUCACCAACAAGGCCUCCAAGGGCAAAUACAAGUUCCUCCAGAAAUACUACCACAGAGGAGCCUUCUUCAUGGAUGAAGAGCAGGACGUGUUCAAAAGAGACUUCAGUGCCCCCACCCUGGAAGAUCACUUCAACAAGACCAUCCUGCCCAAAGUCAUGCAGGUCAAGAAUUUUGGUCGCUCUGGGCGCACCAAGUAUACACAUUUGGUGGAUCAGGACACCACCUCCUUCGACUCUGCCUGGGCUCAGGAGAGUGCUCAGAACAGCAAGUUCUUCAAGCAGAAGGCAGGCGGCGUGAGGGACGUGUUUGAACGCCCAUCCGUGAAGAAGAGGAAGACGUAAACGGCAGCAGAGCUGAUGAUGGUGUUGGGGAAAAAGACACUGAAUCUCUCUGCCUGACUAUGUGAAUCACCUUGUGACUGACCUGUAGUCCUGCCAGUUCCUACUUAGACUAGAAGGCCUCUUUUUGGGCGAUGGGCUGACAAUCUGUAAAUGUUUUCUAGGUCCCAAACAGAAAAUGUAAAGCAGUUUCCUGAAGACAUGUCAGUCUGGGUCACAUUGGAGACUUCAUCAGUCUGCAA